AUGCCAGGCCUCUCUUUUCCUCCCCAUGCUGGUUCCAGUCCAGUGAACUGUCACAGUCUGGGAAUUUCUUCCGCGACAGGAGAAGGAAUGAAGUUGGCAGGACUUUCCGCACUGUCCUUGGUAGCAGCUGAUGAUGGAACGGACAGCAGUUUACAUGGCCCGUUUCAUCAAAGAUGCAUUGGAAGCAGCAGCACUAUCUCCAUCACUGGUGAAAUGGGAAAUGAUGAGUGGACAGUCAUCACUUUGCAGCUCACUGAUGCAUUUCGCAGCCCAUCUCUUUUUGUCUUUAAUGGUGGUCUCUGGAGGAAUGGUUGCAGUGCAGCCUUCAUGUCCGGGGCAGGUCUGAUGAAUGUUGGUGGCUGA